UCUGAGAAAGACACAUGUCACCUUCUAACCUGGUUAAACACGAGCAGGUCAUGCUCUAGUGUUACAUUACAUAAUGAUAACUGUUUUAAAAACAAGCUGCUCUUCAAGUUAAACUGUUUCAUGUUGUUUUAACUUCAGAAUUUUAAACUAAACAUAACUUGGAUCAAUAGGCCUGUGCGACCUUUGCAUGCACUUUCACUUUUGACGUGUUUUAACAAUGAUGCAACUUAAACAUAUGAAUCUUUCUUCGCGAUCACAUCAACUUCUAUUUAAAAUCCGAUAAAAGUAGCUUCAGCUCCAGAUACUGUGGCUGGAUGCUGUGAGCUGGCUAGCAUGCUCUCUGCUAACACAAGCUAACAGCAGGUAAGGAAAUCACCUAGCAAUCUGGUUCCUCCGGAUAUGGUGCAGGAAGCCGUGGCUCAUGUCCAAGCGCCCCGCGCGUUUGUAUUUCAGCUCAUCCUCUUCGUCGUCUCUCAGAAUAUCCAUUUCAACCAGCAGCCCUGAGACGGGGACAGUAUUUAGGAGCUAAUGGCGCUAAUGUUUGCUUCAAGUCUCAAUCAGAGCACUGACAAAAAGCUACAUGCUAGCCAACGGUAAUUCGUUGGCCGACCGCAACACUCCCGGAGUUUGUAAAUCUAGCCUAACCAAAAACAUUGUUUUACAUUGAAUUUUACAAACGCAUCACAACAUUAAAACAUUGAAAUUGGUUCUAAUAAAAACGAAUACUACAUAUUUAACAUUAUACGAGUUGUCACGUUGGUUUUGGCCCCUGAGCAGCUCAAAGAUCGAUGUAGCUCUAAACUCCGGGAUAGUUAAUUUUGUUAUUUUCGAACGGCGACGCACAAACACCGCGAGCGUCGACGCACACGUUGUGCGACUCAUUCAUCUGACCCACUCAAAGUUGAGCCUUUCUCUGUUAGUUUGACUUUACAUUCGCAAGAUUACAGUGAUGAUGGUUUCUCUGAAACGAGAAAGAGAAGCUGAGGUGGACGACGACGACGAAGAAGACGACAGCGAUGACGGAGCGGCAGUUAAAAUAGGCCGAACACGUGUAGCAGAAGACCGGAGAAGUCGCCACUGCCCGUAUCUCGACACCAUAAACAGGAGCGUGUUGGACUUUGACUUUGAGAAGCUCUGCUCCAUCUCUCUGUCCCACAUCAACGUCUACGCCUGCCUCAUAUGUGGGAAAUACUUCCAGGGUAGAGGACUGAAGUCCCAUGCCUACACUCACAGCGUCCAGUUUACCCACCAUGUGUUCCUCAAUCUGCACACACUCAAGUUUUACUGUCUGCCAGACAACUAUGAGAUCAUUGACUCUUCACUGGAGGACAUCACUUAUGUGCUCAAGCCUACUUUCACCAAGCAGCACAUUUCAGGACUGGACAAGCAAGGAAAACUGUACCGAGCCUAUGAUGGUACGACGUACCUACCAGGCAUUGUUGGGCUCAACAACAUCAAAGCUAAUGACUAUGCCAACGUGGUGUUACAGGCUUUUUCCAACGUUCCACCUUUGCGAAACUACUUCCUGGAGGAGGAGAACUACAAAGGAAUCCGCAGGCCACCGGGGGACAUCAUGUUCCUCUUGGUGCAGAGGUUCGGGGAGCUGAUGCGCAAACUUUGGAAUCCGAGAAACUUCAAGGCCCACGUGUCUCCCCAUGAGAUGCUGCAGGCCGUGGUGCUGUGCAGCAAGAAGAACUUCCAAAUUACCAAGCAAGGAGAUGCUGUGGACUUUAUGACGUGGUUCUUGAAUGCUCUGCAUGGGGCUCUUGGAGGCACAAAGAAAAAGCCAUCAAUCAUUACGCAAGCAUUUCAAGGCUCCAUGAGGAUCUUCUCCAAGAAACUUCCACACCCAGAUUUACCACCCGAGGAGAAAGAGGCAUUACUUGUGACGGAGGAAUACCAGGAACAGAUGUCUGAGUCCACCUUCCUGUUUCUGACACUUGACCUCCCAACAGCUCCACUGUACAAGGAUGAGAAAGAGCAGCUUAUCAUCCCCCAGGUCCCCCUCUUCCACAUCUUGGGCAAGUUCACUGGCAGCACAGAGAAGGAAUACAAAACCUACAAAGAGAAUUUUCUCAAAAGGUUCCAGUUGACCAAACUUCCUCCGUACCUCAUUUUCUGCAUCAAAAGAUUCACCAAGAACAACUUCUUUGUGGAAAAGAACCCAACAAUUGUCAACUUCCCCAUCACGAAUGUAGACCUUCGUGAGUACUUGACAGAAGAAGCUCAAGUUACAGAGAAGUGCACAACUUAUGACCUCGUCGCCAACGUAGUGCAUGAUGGGAAACCCACUGAGGGAGCCUACAGAAUACAUGUUCUGCAUCAUGGAACUGGGAAGUGGUACGAGAUGCAGGACCUUCAGGUGAUCGACAUUCUCCCCCAGAUGAUCACGUUGUCGGAAGCCUACAUCCAGAUCUGGAAGAGACAAGAGUGUGCCGAUGACACAAACAACCACAAAGAGGCGUAAGCGAGCCAGGAUUUUCUUUUUCACUGUGAUUGGCCUGAAGUGAUGUCACCAUUAUGAGAUGAACUGGGUAUUUAAGUGAUUGAAUUUAACAAAAUAGAAAAAGAGUGGCAAGAGAGCAUCAAGACUUUGUGUUUAUAGUCACAAAAAAGCGAAUACAUGUAAAUGUUUCCAUGUUUUUUUCACUGUUUUAUCUUUUUACUAUGUGGAAGUUUCUAAAUAAACAAGCUCCAGAA